UGUCCUUUAACGGAUCCAGUUCUAAAUCCCUAAUUCUUCUAUUCAUUUCCCUACGCAACGCCUAGCAACCCACCCGAACCAGCGCAGCAUCAUGCCGACUUUGUCAACUUCCGGUCACCAGCAUCAUCUGUCACCAUCACAGCAUCAUGCCGACUUUGUCAACUUCCGGUCACCAGCAUCAUCUGUCACCAGCGCAGCAUUAGAUUCAAGGUCCCUUUUGGAUUUGAUCGAGAAGAUUAAAACAAAUAAUUUUGGUCCUUCUGCAUCAAAGGAAGAGUUCAGCACUCCUAAUCCUGGUCUGGGUUAUGCUGCUGGGGUUGGGAUUGAUGGAAGCAGGGGUAUUGCACCGACAACUGCUAGUAGAGAAUAUGGGUUGCCAGUAAACCAAGAGGGUCGAUAUGGAAACCAUUACAGUGGUUCUAGGCUUAGAGAAACUGCUUCAAGCAUGAAUAUAUUCUUUAAUAGUUGUGGUGUUACUGGUCAUAGCUCUACAAAUUGUCCUACCAUCAUGAAUAGUCCGAUACAGUCUGUUGGCAGGGACUAUUCUGAUAGAAUGUAUUCUGGGACAACUGUUGGCCGAGUAUCUGGUGAGUGCUUUAAGUGCCAUCAAACUGGAUAUUGGGCCAGAGACUGCCCAAACUCAGGUGCUGUACCUUUGAGGCACUGAUUUUUCUGCUGGGAGAUAUGGAAGUCUUUUGAGGCAACAGGACAUUGGACUUGGGAGAGCCACGAGUUGUUGAUGGAAUGCCAUUUUUGACAACCUUGAAGUGAACUUAAGCUUUCUCGUUUCACAAUUGAAAAUUGUCACUUUGGGUGUUGGAAUUUCAGUUUGCUCCCAUUUGUCCCCCCCUUUUUUUUGUUGUGUUGUAGUUUGGUUACGAGUAAAUGGCAGAUGUAAUUUCUAUGCAUGGAACUUUUCUAUAUAUAACCAUAUUUGAGAUGCAAGAGU